AUGGGCCGUGCCGCGUCUAAAGCCGAGGACCACAACAAAGUUCUCGAGGCACUUGGACGAGCCGUCGCCAAUUUUGCUUCUUCGGCUAGAAGUGACAAGCCUGUUGCUUCUGAGCCCUGCGACCUUUCGGCUGGGGCUGCACGGUCCUCUGACAGUAGAGCGGAGUGCGUGCGGCUUCCGGCCCCUUUCGGACGUGUUGUGGGCGACCUGCCGGUCCCCCCUUUCUGCCCUGCAAAAAGCAUUCAGGCCAAUCGGUUGCGUUUCCCUGAAGCCCCUUCUUUCGACCCUAGGCCCUACCUGGAUUCCUACACCGCCAAAAGGUACGACUCUCCGUUGGACUUUGCAACCCCGCCUGAUCCGAUCAAUCCCCUGCCCCGUGUCUCCAUCAUGGCCUCUCCUGAGGAGCGCGUCAAACUCCUCCGAGCGCUGGCUCAGUCUGGUCGGCUAAAACCUGUUCAGCCUGAGCCUUGUCGGAGUGGCGUUUCGGCUGGCCUUUUCUCAGUGGUCAAGGACAUGGAACGGGAGCCUUUGAUUUUAGAUGCCAGGCCAGCCAACUCCUUGGAAGUGCCGCCCUGUUUCUGGACGGGCUCUCUCGCCUCCGCCUCAGUCCUCUUGCCUAUGCUGGUGGGACCCAGAGAGAGCCUCAGGGUCUCGACUGCCGACCUCAAGGAUUUCUUUUACUUCUUUAAGAUUUCCGAGCAGCGCCUGCAACGAAACGUGUUGGCUACGCAGACGGCUUUUGAGGAUGCCCGUGGAUUCAUUCACGUUGCUCUUUCGACGUUGGCAAUGGGAGACAAUGCCUCUUGCGAGUUCGCUCAGGGAUCUCAUCUCGGUCUCCUGUACCGGCACGGCGUCAUCUCGCCUGAAGAAUUGUUGUGCCCGUGUUCGCCCCCGCCGCGAGGGCUCUUGUCUGUUGGAAUUGUUAUUGACGACCUUGUGAUCUUGGAACGGGUUGUCCGGGGUUGCCUUGAGCCCGAGCCUGAAGGACGCCUUGGGCCCGUGAGACUGGACAUGGCGCACCGUGCGUAUAGUGAGGCCGGCCUGCUUGCAAACCCUGCCAAAGGAGCUCGCGACGAAGCCAUCGCCUCUUUUUGGGGGGUCACCCUUGACGGGGAAGAGUGCCUUGUUCGCCCGAACAUGAGCCGCCUAGGACCCCUCACUUGCAUCACUGCCCGUGUGGCCGCGCUUGGCCUGUGCUCUCGGCCUUUGCUCGAGUCCCUGGUGGGCUGCUGGACUUCGAUCUUUUUGCUGCGUCGUCGGUGCCUCAGCCUUUUCGGACUCUGUUUCGAAGCUCUCCGUGCCACUGCUGGGAGUGACAUCAUCCGUCUUUCGGCCGGCCUUGUCGAUGAGCUCUGGACUUGGACUCUCAUCGGGUCGGCGUGCGUGGCAGAUCUCAGAGCGCCAGUUCUGGACACACUGUACGCCACUGAUGCUUCGGACACUAAGGUUGCCGGAGUCGCCCUUUGCCUGCCAGGGUUGCUGAAGAGGCUUGGCUCCGAACCAGGUCGUUGCUUGACGCUGAGCAUGAGUUGCCCGGAGGGGAAGCUCUCACGCCUCAUCCCUUGUGGAGAUGCCUGGCUCGAAGCCUAUCCUACCGGCAAGUCUUCUGCGGGGAAAGGCGAGAGUGCCAGGAGCAAGAACGCCCUGGAGGAGCCUGGUCCUGACCUGGGAGCUUUGACGGCUGCUGAGCUCCUGUCCUUGCUGCCGCGCCGGCAGUUCUUUCCUCAGCAUGGGCCGCUGGAUUUCACCAAGGCUGGAUACUUCGACUUGUUCUCAGGAGAGUGUGGGAUCGCCCGUGAGGUUGUGCGUCUUGCGCUGACCUUUGACCUGCGGCGCUCCAGUUGUGAAAAUCUUGACAAUCCUCAUGUGCGCAAGGUAGUUGAGAGGCUCAUCGAGCUUGAGGCAUUUGAUGGCUUUGGCGCUGCACCUGUGUGCGCCUCCUUCUCCCGGGCCGUGCACCCCGCUUGGCGCAGCAAAGCCUGUCCAAGAGGCUUACCAGGCCUUCCGGCCAAAGCUUUUGAGAAGGUCAGAGUUGGGUACUUCGAGAACCCUGACGGGUCCUUCUUGUGGCUCCUGCCUGAGUGGGCAGCUUACGGCCCUUCCUCGUCGGAGAAGACUUACCGUUUUGACAUGUGUCGGUACGGAGCCCGGUGGCGCAAGCGAACCCGCUUGGCCACUAACACUAGGCUUGCCGGCGCUCGCGCGCUUUGUCGGUGCAAGAAGGCGCACCUCAUCCUCCGAGGGAGAUCCUCCAAGCACCGAGCGUCUUGGACGCGUGUGGCCCAAGCCUAUCCGAGGAACCUCUGCCGAGAGGUCGCAUCAGCAGUCGUUGCCGCGUGGCCCCGCAGUAAUGGGGUCCCUGUUGCUCGGCAGCCUUCAGGACGUCCAGGUGAGGCUGAUCACCCUGGCCCUAAGCGCCUGCGUAGGACCCGUGUUGGGCCUGGUCUUGAGGCCCUGCCCUUGCUCACUGCUGCCACUUUAAGGUUGGGGGAUAAGGGUUGGUUGUCUUUCCUGUCCUGGGUCUCCUCUGUCUCGUCCUUUGACUCUUCUGAUGUCUUUGGUCGGUCUCCUGUUUUCCUCGCCAUGGCCCUCCGUGCUUACGGGAACUGGCUGUACACGGCUGGGAGGUCUUUGCAUGAGCUGCGACACACGAUCCUGGCUGCGCAAAGGAAGUUCUUGGGUCUGAAACCGUACGCCUCGGUUGCUUGGGAGCUGGUGAGUAGAUGGGAGAACGUUGAGCCUCCGAGCCACCGGACUCCUAUCCCCGAGCCAGUUCUCAAGGCCUUGGUCAGUUUGGCUUGGCUCUUGGGCUGGAAAGAGUUUGCCGGUGUUACUUUGCUUGCCUUUUAUGGUCUUGGACGUAUUGGUGAGGUUCUUGCUUGUAUCCGAGCUGACCUGCUUUUGCCCGGGGUGAUCUUUGGCAACAGAGUGCACUUGAAGAUCGGGGACUCCGACGCCAUUGGUUUGUGCGAACUUGCUUUUGUCGGACACCAGCCGGCUCAACGUCUCUUCGCUUUGAGUCCCGCUGGCUACAGGUACCGCUGGAACAAGCUGUUGGCAUGCCUGGCCAUCGACAAAACCCUGCGGCUGACGCCCGGAGGCCUGCGUGGAGGAGGUGCCGUGUACUGCUACCGUGUUGGCACGGCUGUGAGUGAGAUACAAUGGAGGAUGCGCCUGAAGAACCAGGCGACCCUUGGCUUCUACCUGCAGGAGGUCGGCGCCAUUACCGCUUUAGGCGGAUUGUCCGAGGCUAUGCCAGCAGAUGAGCGUCGAGCAGCCCUGGCAGCGAUGCCGGAGGCGACGCGCCAGGAGCUAAUGAAACAUUUGAAGCAGGAGGCGAACUCCUCGCGGCUAGGGCGGCUCCUUGGCAACUUUCCGCAGCUGCUUGAGACGGCAGAGGGACCCAAGCGUCAGGAGCUCCUGCAGUCGGUGAAAUCGUUUGAAGCCAUCCACACCCAGGUCCUGGUGGCUCCGGACAUGGCCUCGGUCGUCCAGAUCCUGCGAGAUCUCACGCCGGCGCAGCGGCACGCCAUUGUGGAGGCGCUCCCUGAUGAGACUCAGGAGGAGCUUGACCGGCACCUUCGUGCUGCAAAGGCUGCCCAGGCAGCGCAGCAGGCGGUGAAGGCCUUUACAUCGCAGCAGGCUCUGCCGCAUGCGCUGGUGCCAACUUUAUGCCGGCUACGGUGA